GACCAGGAAGCACGGCCGGAGGCAGAGUCCGCCUCGUGCUGACGCAUCUGCACAGGCGACAAACUCGACCAAAAGCUUCAGUUCCGACUCUGAUGGUCCAGAUUUGGAACUCAACCAGGUCGUCUCCGGCAGACCGGCUUCUGAUCAGACAGAGGAUCAACUCCAGACUCCUGAUGCUGCAGAGGCCUCAAGCUCAGACAGCGAGACGAGCCAGGAACAAACAAAAGAUGACAAAGAGUUGAAGCAGGAACCAGAAUCUGCUUCUGAGGUCACAGGUGAAGCUUCUGCAUCAGAGCACACACCUGUCAGUCAAAUGGAGACCACGCCUCCCUGCACUCAGACAGUCAGCCGCGCCUCCUUAGACGACAAUGGCAGCGCCGCCCAGGAAGGCAGUGAGGCCACGCCCACUACUUGUGACAUGGCAGGUGAGGAGACCAAUGAGCAGCUGGAUGGACAUGAAGCCCUGCCCCCUGCAGACCCAGAGAGUGACAUCAAAAGUGAAAAAGUAAAGGAGGAAGAUGAAAGAGGAGAAGAGGAGGAGGAGAAAGCAAAGAUGAUGGACGACGAUACAGUCACACCCACUCAGAGGCCAGAGGAGCAGGCGGCGACAUCGACCACCACAGAGGAGCGCGGCAGCCCUGCCCCCGCUGACGUUGCAAAGAGGAUGGUGGGGGCAGAUCCGGACUCCUCCAUCAUCCUCAACAUCAGAGAGGAAGAAAGAGAAACCAGCCAACUGCUCCCCGAGGAGACUGCCGAGUCCUGCAGUGACCCCAAAGUUCCCCGAAAGAGGAAGAAGAGCAGAAAGUAUGUGGAGGUUUCCUCUGCAGACACGCCAAGCCUUCUCAGCAUAGAACCGCCCAGCGAUGCACCUCUGACUGCCAAAAAGAGACAAGAAGAAGAGGAGCAGCAUCAGGAGGAGGAGGAGGUGUCUCAGGAUGUACCUCAGGAGAGGAAGAAGGUAAAGAAGAGGAAACCAAAGAGAAAUGAGGUGGAUGAGGAAGUGGAAGCUCCUGCUGUGAAGAAAAAGAAACUGAAAAAGAAGAUGAGGGCCUGUGAGGUGGAAGCCGCUGCAAGUCCGCUGGGAAAACAGGAGAAAAAGAGGAAAAAGGAGAGACAGUGGGAGGCAGAGGAGGUGUGGUCUGAUGGAAGACCAGCAGGUGUCAGCAGAGGCAAAGAGGAGAACCUGGACUCCACUGAUGUCGGCAUUCAGCAGCUUCCCUCAACAAAAAAGAAACAUCGUCUGAGGAAGAAACUGAGUCUGAGUAAGAGAAUAAGACUGAAGAAGGAAGAGAAGAGGAGGUGGAAGAGCUUCUUUGUGGGCCAGACGAAGACCCGAGAGGAAACCAAGAGGAAAAAGAAAAAACGGAACCAAGAGGCAGCCGAGGCGCCGCCUGAACCUGAUUACAAGGACCAAACACCACAGAAGAAAAAGGUGAAGAACUGCAAACAAGAGAAUGCCUCAAAGGAAAAGCAAACUCCCAAAGCAAGGAAAGAAAAGAAGAAAAAGAGGGAACAGGCAAGAGAAGAAGAUGGAGACGCAGUGAGCGUCCAGAACACUGAAGUGUUGCUUCCACAUUCAGGCGAAGGAAAGAAGAAAAAGAAGAAACUGAAAGAUGGUAAAGGAGACCAGACGGAUGAAAUCUCCACAACUGCAAACCAAGAAGCAUCUGCUAAGAAAAAGAGAAAGUGGCGGUUAAAGGAGAUGCUGGAAGAGAUGGAACGUGUUCCGGAGUUUCACAGUCCUCCAGCUUCUGUGAAGAGAAGGAAGUCUUCUGAAACGGUCUGAAUGAAUCUGGAUUCUUUUCCUGAACUCGGCUCCCCCUGCUGGAAGAAUGUUGCUUUUCCAAACUGGUUUACAAAAAAAAAAA